GAAACCCAGGAUUUGUUUCUGUGUAGGUAGAUUCUUUUCUGCUUUAUUAAGGUUUAGGAAUAAAAUGGAGGGUUGUGAUCAAAGCAAGGUAUUUGUGGGUGGGUUAUCAUGGGAGACAACAGAGGAUGUGUUGAGAGAACACUUCGGAAAGUAUGGAAAGAUUAUGGACGCUGUAAUCGCUAAAGAUAGAAUCACUGGAACUUCUCGUGGAUUUGCGUUUGUUUCCUUCUCUGAAGCAUCGACUCUGGAUGAAGUUCUUCUUAAUACUCAUACGAUUCUUGGGAGAACGGUUGAAGUGAAAAAGGCUGUUCCAAGACACGAAUACAACCAAAACAGAUUAAAUAAAAAGAUUUUUGUAGGGGGGUUACCUGCGAACAUUACAGAAGAAGAAUUCAAGGUCUAUUUUGAACAAUUCGGUAGAAUUACAGAUGUAGUUGUGAUGCAUGACAACAUAACACAUAGGCCAAGGGGUUUUGGUUUUAUCACUUUUGAUUCUGAAGAUUCUGUUGAACAAGUUAUGCAAAAAAGUUUCCAUGAAUUAUGUGGGAAGCUCGUGGAGGUCAAAAAGGCUGUACCAAAAGAUGAUCAUGGUGGUGUUGGUGGUUGGAAUGGAAUCAGCAAUUACCUCUCUGGUGGGAAUGGAAUAGGCAAUUACUUUGUUCCCGUUUAUGGUGGUAAUCCUUAUGGUUAUUAUGGAGGGUUUAACUAUGGUUUGGGUCCAUGGGGGUUACCCAUAUCAUGUGGGUGUUUUUCCCAGUUACAUGAAUAA